ACUUUGCGUGAUGAAGGAAGGUUUGGAAUUGUUCCGCCGCGUCUUAUCGCCCUUUGCCUACCCACCACUUGCAAACUAGAUCUUGACCCGCUCCAUUCAAACGUGCUGUGCCCUUCCAAGCAACAGCGGCGCGAAGACCCUGGUCAAGAGCUUGGGGACUUCAUGACUUCAAUGCAGCCUUAAUUCUGGACUCGAAUGUCACUAUGCUCAGGGCCAAGAGGAAAAGCUCAUCUGCCAGGGCUGCAGGCAAGGAAAUACGGUCUGGAUGCAGGCUGUGCAACAACCUGCGUCCACGGGGUCACGCAUCCAGCUCGUACAAUGCAGACAGCAGUGCCACAAGAGUCAAAGCCGACCUUACGCUUUGCAUAGAUGCCCUCCAGUUGUCGGUCAGCGAAUGCCAAUAUUGCAAGCUGCUGCGGCAAUCCCUGCAAGCAUUUGUUGGGGGAGAAUGGCCCCGAAUCCGCGCGCCGCUGUGUGUUGAUAUUGUGGAGGGCUCGCCGAUCAAGAUGUCGGUUCAGGAGUCCAGUGGCAAAACUACCGUGGUUGAGUUGUAUGCUCCGUCAGACCAACGGCCACCGUGGCCGGCCCUAGGAAACGCUCGCAGCAUCCCAAUCUCCUCGGGAUCUGACGAAUCUUUUGAAUUCGCCCGCAAAUGCAUCCAAAACUGCAUAGCGAGCCCGGCACAUGGCGCGUGCCAGAAAUCUUCCCCGAGCACGCUCCCGACCCGACUCAUAGACGUCCAGGCCAUGGACGAAACUUUAAGGCUGGUCGAGCUGAAGGGGAGGAAAAGCGUCGACUAUAUCACACUCAGCUAUUGCUGGGGCGCCGGAUCAGCAGUGACCACGACCAAGGCAAACUUGAGAGACAUGCGAACAAUGAUUAACUGGGACACACUACCGGUCCUAUUUCAGAACGCCGUCACCAUCACGCGCCGGCUGAACGUCCGCUAUUUGUGGAUCGACGGCCUGUGUAUCAUCCAAGAUGACAAACACGAUUGGGAAGCCGAGUCGUCCAGGAUGAGCGACAUCUACGAAGCCUCAUACGUAACAAUCGCGGCCGACACUUGCGAAGACAAUACCCGGCCCUGUCUGGUACAGCGCCCAAAGCGACUGCGCCUGGAACACCAGAAUACGCGGGGGAAGGCGUUUACUCUCAAGGCGCGGAAAGUUUCCAACCACCACGAAGCACCGGAGGAAGACCUGGCAUUUCGGGCGCAGGGACCCCUGAGGCUUCGAGCCUGGGCGUUGCAAGAGAGCGUCUUAUCUCCUCGGAUUCUGCACUACACGGAGACCGAGCUCACAUUCGAGUGUCGCUCAACGUACCGCUGCGAAUGCAAUCCAUCUCCCAGCCGGAAAGCCACCACUCCAGGCCUGUUGCCCAACUUGCUCUCGACGAAACAUCACGCCAAGAUCUUCAGGACCUGGCACCGCAUCGUCGCGCAGUACAGCCUCCGGACGCUGACCGUCGCGUCUGACAAGCUCCCGGCGAUCUCAGGCAUCGCGAAGAAGGUCCAGACCGCCACCGGCUCCGCCUAUCUGGGCGGGCUGUGGAACGACAACCUGGUCACGGACUUGCUCUGGGCUUCGGCACCGCAUCUGGAGUCACCCCACCUCGCGCGGAGGCUGUAUGGGUACCGGGCGCCCAGCUUCUCCUGGGCCUCCGUGGACACCCACAUCCAGCCCUUUGAGGACAGCGAGGACGAGACCGCCGAGCUGAGCCCUCACGUCUCGAUCACCAGGACCUCGUGCACCGUGUCCGGCUGCAACCCGCUCGGCGAGGUCACGGACGGGUUCCUUGAGCUGCGCGGACCGGUGGCAGAAGCCACGUUGGUGGCUCCGGAACGCUACAAGUUCGAGUACCACUUGGUGAUCGCGGGCAGCGGGACCGCCGUGGCUGUCUCCCCGGACUCUCUGCUGGUGCCGGACUCGGUCGAGGACGACGACCCAGGCUCGCCGCACGGGACAGUACGGCGUGGCCGAGAAGGGGAGAGCUACAGCCCUUUCAAAGCACGCGUGUGGUGUCUCAGCGUCGCGGGCCAUUCCCACGGCUGCAUCUCCGGCCUCGUCUUGACAAAGUCGUCGCGAGUCCCCGGCGCUUACGAACGGAUCGGCCACUUUACGUGCGGCAACGACUGGCUGGUUGGGGCGAAGAAGCGGAAAAUCAAAAUUGUAUGAGAAAGAUCAGAACCAGAAUGUCUCCCGGGAUGUGUCACUCGGGCCGGCCCUCGAUGAGCCUUGAGAGUAACCGGACUCCCAGCCUCAGCCUCGGUGGAACAAGGGUUAUCUUACUAGCGAGGAUAUAGGUGAGGGGAAGAGAUGCCACUCACUACGUUGACAGAUGGUGUACUGGGCUUUUAGUUGAUCCAAGCGACCAUUCUCGCUCCGUGCGUCAUGUGGAAGGAACCAGACAGCUGAAGUGAAUGACUCUUAUGGUGAGAUGUUGGGAUAUCUGGAAGUUUCGGGCGUUUAGGUCGCAGCUGGGUUUCCGAGGACUAGUCAGCUGGCUAUGCCGGUCAUAGCAAGGGCAGUCAAUGCGCCGAACUCUGUGAACAUUCGGGGCGUGCUGCCGAGUCUCAACCCAGGCACAUACAGGUGAUUCGCGGAUCUGGCGGCCAGAGCUCAGAGCCGGGCAGGAUAUA